ACAGAGAGCUGAAAAGGACGAAAGCAGCUGGCACUGCUGCAUUUCGUUUCUUUGCCUCAAAGUGAGAAGUUUCGAGGCACCGAACUUGUCGAAAAAGUUACCAAUAAAUUGGCAUUGGCAGAGCAAUUACAAAUCUAAAAGCUAAAAUGAUAUAAAGCCACGGCCGACACGGCGAAAAAGAGAAAAAUCAAAAAGGGAAAAUCCAGUUAAACUCGAAAUCAAAAUGAAUCGUCUGCUGCUGCAGUGCCUGGUUACCACCAUUCUAGUCUACAAAGUGACUUCGGUGCCCACCAGCACGAUGAGCACCAGUGUGCAGACCACCUCGGAGAUACCGCAGCAAGAUGACGACGACGACGACUGGGAGGAGGAUGACGACUCCCUGGAAUCCGAUGACGAUGGACGCGUCUACAAGAAUCCCCGCAACUCGCCCUCCACCGAGUGUCCCCGCGAUGAGGAGCAGGCCACCCUUCUCGGCCAGAAAUGCCUGAGGAAGUGCUCCUCGGACGAGGACUGCAAGAGCAAGAAGAAAAAGUGCUUGUGCGACGGCGUCUGCGGCAACUCCUGCAUCAAACCGGAUCGCGAAUGUCCAGAGCUAGCGCAGCCCAGUUUGGGUCAGGUCACUGUUGGUGGACGCCACUUUGGAGCCCGUGCCUCCUACGCCUGUCCCCAUGGCUACCAUGUGGUGGGUCUGCAGAGUCGUCUUUGCCAGGCGGAUGGCAAUUGGGCCGGAGCCGAGCCAGCUUGCAAGCAGAAUAUUUACUGCCUAAAGCCACCUCAAAUUGAACAUGCCCGGAAUUCGGCGCUGCCGGAACAGGAAACCUUCGACCUGGACUCCACGGUGCAGUACCAUUGCCACACCGGCUAUGUGACCAAUGGCUUUCCGCGGGCCAAGUGCCUGGCCAUCGAUAACCUGGCCAGUUGGUAUGGACCGGAUAUUCAGUGCGAACCUCGAUCAUGUGGCCAGCCACCGGAUCCGGCCUAUGGAUGGCAUGCUGGCGAGUGCUACACCUACGGAUGCAAGAUCACCUACAAUUGCGGAACCGGAUACGAGCUGGUGGGCAAACAUGAGCGGUACUGCCAGUCGGAUGGAUCGUGGACGCCCAAGGAGCUGCCCACCUGUGUCUUGGUCACCUCGGUGGUGUGUCCCACGCCGGAGAAUCCCAAGAAUGGCAAGGCCACCUACACCACCCUGGCCUACAACUCGGUGGUCAGCUACGAGUGCCGCUAUGGAUACACCCUGAUGGGCGAGAGUUCCAGUCGCUGCGGAGCGGAUCGGAAAUGGAGCGGCACACUGCCCACUUGCAAGGAGAUCAACUGCGGCCAUCCAGGAGUGCUGUACAACGGGUACAUCGAGAACAUAGAGGCGGGCACUGGACUGGGGGCCAGCAUAAUCUUCCGCUGCCAGCCGGAGAUGAUGAUCAAUGGGCUGGGCUCGAGUGUGUGCCAGAUCGACGGAAGGUGGCGGAACGCACUGCCCGAGUGCUUGGCUCCCUGUGUGGUGCCCACCAUAUCGCAGGGCAAUGUCUACCCCAUUGAGAUAACCACGGAUGAGAACGGAACGGCCAUUGUCAGUCCGCCGACGACCACAACUCAGUCGCCCAGCCAAACUCAGAGCAUUGGCGGCGUGGAGACGGUGAAGCACGGAACGGCACUGGAGGUCAAGUGCGAUGAGAACUAUGAGUUUCCGGUGUCGCUGCUGAGUCCGCCCACCUGCAACAAUGGCACCUGGAGCAUCAUUCCGCGCUGUGUGCCCGCCAGGUGCAAAAGUAUGCCGCGUCCACCCAAACACGGCAUGGUGAUGGCGCCCAAGACGGAGCACGGCAUGAAGGCGCGGUUCAAGUGCAAGGAUGGCUUCAAGCUGGUCAGUCCCGAGGGCAAGGAUGUCACCGAUCCGCACGACUAUGUGCUCACCUGCUCCUUCGGCAACUGGACGGGGGAGACGCCCAAGUGCGACGAGGUCUUCUGCUCCUUCCCUGGCUACAUUCCCAAUGGCAAGGUCCUGCUCGUGGGCAACAUGGGGCUCUACGACUACCGACCAUAUGUGAAGAAGAUCGUGAACAACAAGCAGAUCAUGUACGAUUGCGACAAAGGAUAUGUCUUGGAGGUGGGUCCACCCGGUGCCACCUGUGUGGGCGGCAAGUGGCGUCCUUUGGACCUGCCGCAGUGCCUCCUGGGGCAACAUCCCCGUCUCCGCUGGAAUCGCCGCCGACGUCGCUCCCUGGAGAUACGCCAGUUGAGAUCCAUGUACCUCCUGCAGCGCCAGCGACAGCUUCAAAGGCAACUAGUUGAAAACCAGAAGUAUAUCAAUGAGGUUAUAAAUCCAGCCAAGACUUCGGUGGCCCGGGUGAAGCGUAGCGCGAGUCCCUAUCCGAAUCCGCAGCCACAUCCCUUGGAUGACAUGGGCUUCUCCAAGUAUUACCAGAAGAUUAAGGAGCGCUAUCAGCGAUACGUUAAGAAGAUGCUGGGCCGAGACCGGAUCUACCAGAAGCUUCACGCCCAGGAUGCAAUGAGUAGGGUGGGAAACAACCUCAAUGCCCACGAUGGCGGACAGGUGAUGCGGGGCAAAGCCAACUUCAGGGAACUCGAAAGCGCCAACAACUAUUUGGGAGGCAGAGGAAUUGGAACAGGCGGUGGAGUGGUGCCCCUGCCCAAUAUCAACCAGGCAUCGCGGAGUCAGGUGGCUCACAUGGUGCGCAGCUCCAAGGACGAGCUGCUAUCAAAUGGGUCGCCGCCAGUGGGAUCACGCACCUUCCACAUGAACUCUACCAGGUCCUACAUGGAUCAACUGAGAUCGCAGAUAGUACGUCGCAGGCGCAAGCGGAGCUCCAGCAUUGGACAGUCGCCUCCUUCUUCGGGGGCCACUCUUCCGGAUGCAGAGGUGGAUAUAAGCGAUGGAGGAGAGGGUGGAAAGGGUGGCGGUGGCAAGAGGCUACGUGGACCCUGCGAGGAUCUCGACUGGGACUCCUUUGGCAAUGUGACCACACUGCGUCCGGGCAAAGUGCCGGGUAGAAAUGCCGUGGGAAUCAUGCUGCAUCUGGAGUGCAAUGCCGGGUUCAAGCUGAACAUCAAGGGUGAUAAUGUAACGGCACGAUGCAUAAGGGGAAUCUGGAAGCCGGAGACGCCCAAGUGCCUCUCCGCUCCAUGUUUGGUGCCCGCCGUGGAACAUGGCCAAUACUACAAAGUGGAGCCCCACACAAAACAACUGAGCGACAAGCCAUCGCUGACCCCACUCUCCACCUACGAGGAGAUUCAGUCCAACGAGUUCAUCACCCUGGAGUGCGAAGAUGGGUUCAACAUUCAGGGCUCGGCUCAGCUGCGUUGUGCCCAUGGAUCCUGGUCGGUCAAUGCGUUCUCCGAGUGCACAUCGGUGCCCUGCACCUUACCCAAUAUUCCGGGAGUGAUUUACGAUGGAGGCUAUCGGGCGGGAUUGACCAUUGGUCAUGGCAGCAGCGUAAGCGUUCGCUGUGAACUCUCCACCAAUGCCAAUCCCAUCGAGAUGUCCUGCCGCAAAGGCGUCCUCACCCCUCCCAGUAUUCCCUGUGAGUCUGGACUGCGGAAAUCGCGCGAGGAACUGGAACAUGCCACGCCCACUCCGCAUCCUAAGGUGGAGCACAACGAACUGGACAACGAUCAUGACCACCUCGACAACGGUACCGAUGAGCACGACGACAUGAAGAUGUGUGGUUCACCCAUGCUUACGGAUGGCGCUCUGGUCUACAAGAAUGCCGAACAUCCAGAGCUUGAUGGCGCCUAUGAAAGCGGCACGGAGAUUUUCUUCAACUGCAUCCCAAAUGCGGCUGGGGAUCGACAGACCUGGCGCAUCAUUUGCGAUAAUGGACUGUGGAUAGGACGAUCCUAUAAUUGCGAGAACGGAACUUGUGUGUUCAGAAACAACGAAGCUAAUGUAGUUAGCUUUUAUAACGACCUGGAGAUCCGUGAAGAUGUUGUGGACUUUCCCCCAGGAGCUACAAUCAUAUCCAGAUGUAUGGACAUUGGCAAAUUUUCGAUGACGGGCAGUCACGAGAGGACCUGCAUCCACUCGGAAUGGACAAACACCAAGCCCGUGUGCUCUGGUCUCAACCAGGAGAACGACUAUGCCAUGGAGAAGGCCCCGACCAUCCUGUUCCGACACCAGAACGGACCCAUUGCCCAGAGCAACGAUGGCAAGCUGAUCGUCUAUCCGGGAACCACCCUGCACAUGGAGUGCCUGUGGAUGCGGCGCUUCGGCAAUCCCAAGUGGAACGUCAGUCAUACGCACAAGAACUACACGGAGGGCUGGGUGACCGAGGCGGACGAGGGACGCGACUCAACGCUGGAGUACCGUCUGAGCAUCGUGGACGCGGCCAGCGACGACAGCGGCUUCUACUCGUGCAUGACACCGGCUCGGCAUGAGCAUGCCGUGGAGGUGGUGGUGCGGGCGAUCAACUGCCCGGAGAUACCGAUGCGACGUGGCCUGAUCGUUAACACCAACGAUACGAAGCUGAGCACGCGGGCGCUGAUGUCCUGCGCGAAUGGGAACUCAUUGAUUGGCGCCUCGGAGCUGUUCUGCAUGCCGAGUGGCAAUUGGAGCGCUCCGUUGCCGGUUUGCGAGAGCGUCGAGUGCGGCGACAUCCCGCUGGGGAUGGGUAGCAACGCUAGCUCGCCGCGAGUCUCCGUGCUGUCGCGCGAGGUGGGCGGUCGGGCGGCCUUCUCGUGCUCCUCCGGAUACGGGCUGCGCGGCCCGGCGGAGGCCAUCUGCAAUCCCACGGGCGAGUGGUCGGCGCCUCUGCCCACCUGCGUCGAGGUGCAGUGCGACAAUCCGGGGGCGCCGCAAAACGGUUACGCCCAGGGCUCGGCACCUUAUCGUGCCGGCGAUGUGGUCCAGUUCAAUUGCAACCCGGAGUACAUGAUGCAGGGCCAGCCGAUCAUUGCCUGCCAGGAUAACGGGCGCUGGUCGGGCGGCCUGCCCAAGUGCGUACAGGCCUGCUCCUAUCCCGGCACCGUCAUCAGCGGUCGGAUGUCCUCCGUCAAGUUCUACUACGCCAUCGGAGAGAGCAUCACCUUCACCUGCGAUGCCGGCUUGGAUCUGCGCGGCUCCAAGGUGCUCAAGUGCCUCAAGAACGGCAAGUGGUCCAGCGCCAUUCCCACGUGCGUGACCAAUGAGGGUCCCGCCGGCGGAGGAAACACGGCCUCCGGCAAGCACCUGUCCACCAGCAUGGGCUAGGGCGACCGGAUCCGACUGGGAUCGGCACCAGAGUGAUACUAAUACAUAUUACCUACUAACUAAUGCACAUUCCAGGCGCACAGUCACGCGUUUACUAACUAAUAACGACAUUAUUGCGAUUCAAUUGUAACUGUAACGUAACUGUAGCCCUGUACUGUAUUGCACGGCCAUCAUUUUACUAUUAAUAAAUGUUCGUCGAAUAA